GCAAAAUGCGCAGAGCAAUCUCCUCCUUCUGUGCGGGAGGUACGCAACGUACGUAGAGCCGUCCUCUAGUCUACAGCUGCGGACGGGGACAAAAGAAUUUGCAGAAGAUUUUGACUGAACAAGAGAUUCAGAGAAGGAGAGAAAAAUGCCGAAGCCAAUCAACGUCAGAGUUACUACAAUGGAUGCAGAGUUGGAGUUUGCCAUCCAACCCAAUACAACUGGCAAACAGCUCUUUGACCAGGUGGUGAAAACAGUUGGUCUACGUGAAGUCUGGUUUUUUGGGCUGCAGUAUGUGGACAGCAAAGGCUAUUCAACUUGGUUGAAGCUGAAUAAAAAGGUAACACAGCAAGAUGUAAGGAAAGAAAAUCCUCUGCAGUUUAAGUUCAGGUCUAAGUUUUUUCCUGAGGAUGUAUCUGAGGAGUUAAUUCAGGAAAUAACUCAGAGGCUGUUCUUCCUGCAAGUCAAAGAAGCCAUUUUAAAUGAUGAAAUCUAUUGUCCACCAGAAACUGCAGUUCUACUGGCUUCCUAUGCUGUCCAAGCCAAGUAUGGAGAUUACAAUAAGGAGAUUCAUAAACUAGGCUACUUGGCCAAUGACAGACUUCUCCCCCAGCGUGUUCUAGAACAGCACAAACUGACAAAAGAACAGUGGGAAGAAAGAAUACAGAACUGGCAUGAAGAACACAGAGGGAUGUUAAGGGAAGAUUCUAUGAUGGAAUACCUCAAGAUUGCGCAAGAUCUGGAAAUGUAUGGAGUCAACUACUUUGAAAUAAAGAAUAAAAAGGGUACUGAAUUGUGGCUAGGUGUUGAUGCUUUGGGUCUGAAUAUUUAUGAGCACGAUGACAAGUUGACACCCAAGAUUGGUUUCCCUUGGAGUGAAAUCAGAAACAUCUCAUUUAAUGACAAAAAGUUUGUCAUAAAGCCAAUUGACAAAAAGGCCCCUGAUUUUGUUUUUUAUGCACCUCGUCUGAGAAUUAAUAAGCGGAUUUUGGCACUGUGCAUGGGAAAUCAUGAACUGUACAUGAGGAGGAGAAAGCCUGAUACAAUUGAAGUGCAACAGAUGAAGGCCCAAGCUAGAGAGGAGAAACAUCAGAAACAGUUGGAAAGAGCACAAUUAGAAAAUGAGAAGAAAAAAAGGGAAAUAGCGGAAAAGGAAAAGGAAAGAAUAGAGCGUGAAAAAGAACAACUAAUGGAGCGCUUAAGACAAAUUGAAGAACAGACAAUGAAGGCCCAAAAAGAGCUGGAAGAACAGACAAGAAAAGCUCUAGAACUGGAUCAAGAACGAAAGAGAGCAAAAGAGGAAGCAGAGCGCCUGGAAAAAGACCGUCGAGCUGCAGAAGAGGCUAAAGCUGCUCUAGCCAAACAGGCUGCUGAUCAGAUGAAGAAUCAGGAGCAGCUAGCAGCAGAACUUGCUGAAUUCACUGCCAAGAUUGCACUUCUAGAGGAGGCCAAGAAGAAGAAGGAAGAGGAAGCCUCAGAAUGGCAGCACAAAGCUUUUGCAGCCCAAGAGGAUUUGGAAAAGACCAAAGAAGAACUGAAGACUGUAAUGUCUGCUCCUCCUCCACCACCACCACCACCACCUCCUCCACCACCAGUUAUUCCUCCAACAGAGAAUGAGCAUGAUGAACAUGAUGAGAACAAUGCUGAAGCUAGUGCAGAACUGUCUUCUGAUGGUGUCAUGAACCACAGAAGUGAGGAAGAACGGGUAACAGAGACACAGAAAAAUGAACGUGUUAAGAAACAGCUCCAGACACUAAGUUCUGAGUUGGCCCAAGCCAGAGAUGAAACCAAGAAAACACAAAAUGAUGUCCUCCAUGCUGAGAAUGUUAAAGCAGGUCGUGACAAGUACAAGACUCUUCGACAAAUCCGACAAGGCAAUACAAAGCAACGUAUUGAUGAGUUUGAGGCAAUGUGAGAGCUGUUACUUUGCAUAUAUGUUCUUCGUAAAGCUGAACCACCAACAGAGAAACAAGCAGGCCUUUGCAGAUUUGAAGAUUGCACCCC